AUGAGUUUGAUUAUUCAGUGUUCCGGUUUGCACAUGCUUGAUUUGGUCAGAGGAAAGGAUAGAAGUGAACUACAAGCCAGUGCUACAACAGGACUUGCUGACAAAAAAAGUGAUGAUAGUGCACCUUCAAAGGAGACUCCUUUAAAUAGCAAAAUGGAUGAUCAUGAAAAUGUGUGUGUCAUAUGCAAGCUUGGUGGAAAGCUCCUGUGCUGUGAUGGAAAAAGUUGCAAGGGAAGCUACCAUCUUUCUUGUUUAGAUCCCGCUCUGGAUGAUGUCCCACCAGGCGUUUGGCACUGUUUCUGGUGUGUGAAGAAGAAGAUAGAAUCCGGUGUUCACUCAGUGUCAGACGGUGUAGAAUCAAUUUGGGAUGCCAAAGAAGUAGAGGUCUCAGAUGCCAAAGGAUUGCAAAAGCAAAAACAAUAUUUUGUUAAAUAUCAAGGUCUUGCUCAUAUUCACAACCAAUGGGUACCGGAAACUCAAUUGCUCCUUGAAGCCCCAUCGCUUAUCUCUAAAUAUAAUCGGAAAAAUCAGGGUUACUACUGUGCCUUACCCACCCCCCAGGUCACAAAAUGGAAUGCAGAAUGGACUGUGCCACAUCGUUUACUAAGGAAAAGAAUGUUAAGGUUCCCUAAGCAGCAGCAGAAGUAUCACAGUGGACAAGCUGGUGAGUUUUCAGAUAACCAUUGUGAGUGGCUUGUCAAAUGGUGUGGCCUUGAUUACAAGCACGCCACAUGGGAAUUGGAGAAUGUCUCUUUUUUACCAACGCCUCGAGGUCAGGAUCUUGUAAGGGAAUAUGACAACCGUCGUGAAAAGGCAAAGAGAGCUGGCCUUACAGUUGAUAAGGUGCCUCUGCAGACAUUAUCUAGUUCACUUAAGACUAAGAAGGAAUUCCUUAUUCUUCCAAAGCUUCCGGUUGUUGGUUCACCUGAAAUUGAUAGCAAUCACUUAAAUUCUGUCAACAAGCUGCGUGAGCAUUGGCAUAAAAACAAGAAUGUUGUUGUUAUUGAUGAUCAGGACCGAGUAAUGAAGGUCAUCUUGUUCAUCCAAUCCUUGCCCAACGUUUAUCAGCCUUUCCUUAUCAUUGCAACUUCCAAUGCUCUUCCCUCCUGGGAAGCUGAGUUCUUGCGCUUGGCGCCAUCUGUUGAUGUUGUAAUUUACAGUGGCAACAGAGAUACUCGAAGAAGUAUUAGAACACUGGAGUUCUAUGAGGAAGGGGGUAACACAAUGUUCCAAGUUCUUUUAUCCCCUCCAGAAGCUGUUGUCGAGGAUCUGGAAAUGUUAGAAUGCCUGAGAUGGGAAGCAGUCAUAAUCGAUGAGUGCCAACGCCCAAGGAUCUCUGCCCAUUUUGAGCAAUUUAAGAUGUUAGCUACUGAUACAAGAUUUCUUCUUUUAAAUGGUCAAGUAAAGGAUAGCAUGGCUGAGUACCUUAAUUUACUGUCAUUGCUUGAUUGUCGUGGUGACUUGGAUAGUAGCAAUGUCUCAAAUAGUGAAUCCAAUGAUCAUCUCAGUAAACUGAAGGAGAGGCUUUCACAAUUUAUUGCAUAUGACUGCAAGACAGACUCUUCUAGGUUUUUAGAGUUUUGGGUUCCUGUUCAGAUAUCCAACAUGCAGCUGGAGAAGUACUGUGCCACUCUACUCUCAAACUCUAUACCUCUUUGCUCGUGUUCAAAGAAUGAUCCUGUUGGGGCUGUUCGUGAUAUUCUUAUAUCUACUCGGAAGUGUUGUGAUCACCCGUACAUACUGGAUCCGUCCCUAGUCUUGUUGACUAAAGGUCUUUCUGAGGCUGAGUUAUUGGAUUUUGGAAUAAAAGCAAGUGGCAAGUUGCAUCUUCUCGAUACGAUACUGUCAGAGAUGAAGAACCGUCAACUACGAGUGCUAAUCCUUUUUCAGUCGAUUGGUGGUUCCGGAAGGAAUUCAAUUGGAGAUAUAUUGGAUGAUUUUCUGCGUCAAAGAUUUGGUCCAGAUUCUUAUGAACGUGUGGAUGCGGGUGUUGUCCCGUCUAAGAAGCAAGCUGCUCUAAAUAACUUUAACAGGGAGAGCGGGAGAUUUGUCUUUUUAUUAGAAAAUCGUGCUUGUCUUCCAAGCAUCAAACUAUCAUCAGUGGAUGCUAUAAUCAUAUAUGGUAGCGACUGGAACCCAAUGAAUGAUAUAAGGGCACUACACCGAAUAACUAUUGAUUCACAGUUUGAACAGAUCAAGAUUCUCCGUUUAUAUUCAUCCUGUACUGUGGAAGAAAAAAUUCUAACCCUUGCGAAGCAAGAUCAGUUUCUUGAUAGCAAUUUACAGAAUGUAAGUCGGAGUGCUAGUGACAUCCUGCUCAUGUGGGGUGCCUCGUAUUUAUUUGAUAAGUUGGAUGAGUUUCACAGUGGUAAUACCCCAGCUUCCAGUACAAAUAUAUCUUCAGAGCAAUCACUUAUGCAUGAUGCUGUCAAAGAAGUCUUGGCUAUACUUUCUCAGAAUGGUAAUGAUAAUGAUUUAAGCAAUUCCAUGAUUCUGAAAGUUCAACACAGUGGGGGGCCUCACAGGACAAAUCUUCCAUUGCCUGGUGAGCUAAAAGUCCAGUCAACAGAUGGAGAACAACCGAAUUUUUUUUGGACAAAGCUGUUGCAUGGAAGGAAUCCACAAUGGAAAUACUUAUCUUUACCGACUCAGAGGAGCAGGAAGAGAGUCCAAUAUUAUGAGCAGUCACCAAAGAAGCCAGAGGUUGAAACUGAUGAAGUUGGAAAGAAGCGCAAGAAGUUGGUCAGCAAUUGCAUUGAUCCAACCUCUCCAAAGCCUGGAGUGGAAGAGGGUGAGGUUGCAAUGGACAAAGGAGCUUUUGAAGCUUUUCAGAAUUUCGCAGGAACUUCUGGAAUUCCAGCUGAUAAUGGGGCUCAAUCUGUGACUGGGACAAGUGGUGUUUUUACUAACCCACUUCACCCAAAGCAUACUUCUAGGCCUCUUUUCUCUGGUGAUAACUCGUUGUUAACUGAAGCUCACAUGGUUCAAUCUGAGGAAAGAACACUGUCUGAUGCACAGGGGAGUCUUCAUCUUCUAUUGAAACCAGAGAUUUCAAGACUCUGUGAAAUUCUGAACUUAUCAGUAUGCAUCCCACACACCCCUCCUUAA